AUGAGUCUCCAACUGGACAAUAACUGUAUGCAACAACUGCUAGAUUUAGAUCAAGAACUGGGCAAGGACGUACAGGAAUAUAAUAGACUGACACAAAGUCUCAAAGAAGAGGUACAAGUGUUUCUCUCAAAGGAUACUUUAGAAUUACAAGAUGAGAAGGAAGAUGAGCUGCAAACCACAGAACCCGAGCAACUUGUGGGAGAAGUUGUAAAGGACAUCGAUUCUACACAGAAGACUUCAGCUCAAGAAAAGAUUCAGGAUGCUGGUCUCUCAGUGGGAGAGGGAGACCGGAACCUGAUCAAGGUCAUCCAGACAGAGACUGGGGACUGGUACAAGAGUAGAUUUGGGGGAGACAAGAAGAAGAAUGUUGGGAAAGGGAGUUGGAGACAGAGACUGGAACAGCAGAAAGAGAAGGGGGGAGAGGGAGGAGGCAUGGAAUGGAAAAUGGUGCUGUUGCAGCUUUCUCUUGUGCUUGCAGCUGUUUUACCACUUUCAUCAGGACUUUCCUACAAUGUAAAUGUGCUGGCCAAUUCGAGUUUCUCUUGCUACACAGGAGAUGAGCGGAAUAUGUCAUCUAAGGAAAUUAAAUUGUUUCUUUCAAAUAAAAGUUUGAUUGUCCGCUGUCAUUUGUAUAAUAUUAAUAAGCCCGACACCGUGGAGAACAGACGGAAGAAUCUAGUUCUUUUUACUUCAGCUGGUCUUGCUCCCAGCAUCCAGAUCUUCAACAGUACCUACUCCAAAGUCUUCUACUUCAAAAUGACUCUGGGAGAAGGUGUGGAUUCGUGGAGUAUUGAAAUCCAACGAGAAGAGUUAACAUAUAAUACAGAUGUUGCUCCAAUUGAGGAAUGGUUUGUAAAAUUUAAUAUGCAUCAUGGUUUAAAUAUGUUCACUACUACGGGAACCUUGUUGGAUGUCGUACGAGAUCCUCUUCUUCAGUGGUAUUUGACCCUUGGUGAAGAGGCGGAUAUUAAUGAUACAUUGUCUGAAGUAGCCGAUAUCAAAAUAGCAAAAAGUCCUUGUGCAAGUGAUGUAGCAGUAAUUGGUCUGAUCUAUAGAACCAGAAAUAUAGGACUAAUUGUAGGAAUGACUGACAGUGGAUUUAUGGAUGGGGAUACAUUAUGGUUUAACUUGUCCGCUACCAUUUGUGCCCUCUUGGAAAAUGAUUGUCAUGGACUUGCGCUUGUGGAUCUCACCUUAACAAAUACACGUCUUGUACUCCUCACCUCACUAGGAUUAUUUAUCAGUAAUGAUCUACGCAUUACAACUGGACAGCUGUUGCAGUUCGGGAAACCAACCUUAUGUGGCUUUGAAAUGGAUGAUUAUCUUAAAGCUAAAAUAUGGUACAACCUCCAGUGUCUAGCUAACAAAGAAUUAUAUGAAACGGACUAUGUUGGUCUGUCAUUCAACAAGGAUAAGUCAUUGAGCCAGGAAUCCACUUGUUUCUAUAGCAAUGAUACAUUUCAAAAAUGGCACAGCUGCUUGCCUCACACAAUGAAAGGUGAAAGGCACUUUUCCAGACGGGUGGUUUCUUUUCUCGUUGAUUAUGAACAGAACACUGGCAUUGCUUUGUUAUCUCAACAGAAUCGGGCAUUGGUAUCAGUGCAUAAGUUAACAGACGGCAGCAUGAAUAAAAAAAGAAAAUUCCCAGCCUUCUGGUUUCCAGAUAAGAGAUUUAUACCAAAUGGAUUGUAUUUUCACACAAACAGCCAUUUUCUGUAUGCAUAUGGCAAUCAGGUGUGGAUUUCUUAUGAUGGAGGCUGCACUUUUGUACCAUUAUUUACCCUACAUGCUGAGAUGAUUAUAGAAGCAGAUUCAUGUGUUUACACCCAAGCGAUUAUAUUUGUGACUGACGCGGCAAACCUUAUCUACACUAAGGCAGGUUUAAUGAAAUAUGCCAAGUUUUUACCGCCGGCAAAGGGUAUCUUCAACAUGUACUUUGACCACCCGGGAGUAUUAAAUCAUAUUUCUCUGAAUGAAACAGUUAACACAUUUGUAAUGGAGAUGGAUGUGGAUGUGGACACUUUAUUGAAGGAUAUUGACUUAGGUUUUGAAGGUCCUUUGGCUGUACAGUAUAUCACUGAAGAGCAAAUGAUAUUUUUAAACCACGAGCCACUGAUAAUAGCAACACCUGAGAGAUUCAGUAGUCUGCAAAGAGGCAAAAGAUUAGAUUAUGAGUAAAUAUAAAUAACAGCAUAAGUUUUGUUAAAAAGCAAUGUAUUGAUCCGUCAGGUUUUUCUUUUUAAUAUACCCUGCUAUUUUACAGAAUAUAGCAAAAAAGCAGCUCUCUAAUUUGGUUAAAUUGUUCAGAGAGUUGCCACUUUCUUGUUCUGCCUGCUUUUAGAACCACUUUGUACUACCAUUUGCAAUGUAUACCGUGUAAUACAAGUUUCAAACU